CAGAUCUAUCCAAUUCGCAACGGCAGCAGCACCACACCGCAGUGAGCUUGUCAAUAAAAUAAAUGGUGUGUUCUUAUCAACUCUUUUUCAAAAACUUCCCUGCCCGCUUUAUUGCUAUCUAUUAUUCUCUCCAAUCAACGGUUCAGAUUUCUUCCCCCAAUUCCACUCCAAAACCUACAGCAAUCUUGAUUACCUGCUGCGGUGUUAAAUCAUCCAUCAUUUCAUUAGUUUUUAAUCAAGAUUCUUGAAUUAUCACAAGUUGGAGUAGAAAUUUGAUUUUUUUUUUUUUUCCAUACCAGCAAAUCAUUUUUUCGAGUUUCAGCAACUGUUUCAUCAGGGAAGUGAGGUUAAUAAGUAUAAUCAAGAAUGCCCGUAUCUACAAGAUCGCAGAUCAUCAGCAGGCAUGAGCCAAGAACGACAGAUCAACAAGAAAAGAGCCAUAUGCCACUGAGAAAUCCACACCAUGGACUCAAAGAGAAGAUGAAAGCACUCACUCUUUUGUAUGAACAGCAGAAACAGGCUAUCAAAAAGCCAAGAUUUUCAACACACCCAAGUGUAGAUCUGCUUAGUUCUGGAAAUACAGGUGAGAAACAGACUAAAGAAUCGAAACCCAGUAUUAGCCAUGUGAUGAGGGAGAGCACAUUGAAUAGUUCAACUCAGAAAAGGGCUUAUGUCAUGCCAUUGCAUUCAAUGGCAGAAGACUCAAAGGAGAACGCUGUAGUUGCGUGUGGUGGUGAUCGGAUUGUGGGACUUUUGUCUCCAAGAAAGGCUAAUAUGUCCAGUAAAGUGGCCAGGAAGCUCUCAAUUGUGAGUGAGCCUUGUGCAAGUAAAACGGUUGAUGUCAGAGAAUUAAAGACCACCGAGGUGAAAUCAACAAUGGAAAAUGGUAGGAUUCUUGUGUUUGUGAGGCUGAGGCCAGUGGCAAAGAAGGAGAGGGAAGCCGGAUCAAGAUGUUGUGUGAGAAUUGUCAAUAAAAGGGAUGUUUAUUUGACAGAAUUUGCAAAUGAAAAUGACUAUCUUAGGCUAAAGAGGCUUCGUGGCCGGCAUUUCACUUUUGAUGCUUCAUUCCCGGAUUCUACUACUCAGCAGGAGGUUUAUUCCAAAACAACAGCAGGUCUUGUUGAAGCUGUUUUGCAGGGAAGAAAUGGCUCUGUCUUUUGCUAUGGUGCAACAGGAGCUGGGAAAACAUAUACAAUGCUUGGCACAACGGAUAAUCCAGGAGUAAUGGUGCUUGCAAUUAAGGAUCUCUUUAGCAAGAUACAACAAAGUAGCUUUGAUGAAAACCACACAGUUCAUCUAUCCUAUCUUGAGGUCUAUAAUGAAACUGUGAGAGAUUUACUUUCCCCGGGAAGACCACUGGUUCUUAGGGAAGAUAAGCAGGGAAUUGUAGCAGCAGGUCUUACUCAAUACAGAGCAUGCUCCACCGAUGAAGUUAUGGCAUUACUUCAACAAGGGAACCUAAACCGAACAACAGAACCAACUCGUGCAAAUGAAACUUCUUCCCGAUCUCAUGCAAUACUGCAGGUUGUGGUCAAAUACCAAGUGAAAGGUGCUUCAGGCAAUGUUGUCAAUCGAGUGGGAAAGCUUUCACUUAUUGAUCUUGCUGGUUCCGAGAGAGCUAUUGCUACUGAUCAGAGAACACUUAGAUCCCUUGAGGGUGCCAACAUCAACAGGUCACUCCUUGCCCUGAGCAGCUGCAUCAAUGCGCUGGUCGAGGGCAAGAAGCAUAUACCAUAUCGCAAUUCCAAGCUCACUCAGCUGCUAAAAGAUUCGCUCGGUGGAGCUUGUAACACUGUAAUGAUUGCAAAUAUCAGCCCCAGCAGCUUAUCGUUUGGUGAAACCCAAAACACACUUCAUUGGGCUGAUCGAGCCAAAGAAAUCCGGAUAAAGGCUUGUGAUGUAAAUGAGGAAACUCAAAUACCAGAUUCUGAAACAGAUCAGGCCAAGUUGUUACUCGAGUUACAGAAAGAGAACAGAGAAUUACGAAUGCAGUUGGCUCGACAACAACAGAAGCUACUAACCAUCAAAGCGCAGUCCAUUGCAGCAACCUCUUCACCAACCCUUAAUGAAAAACAAAAACCAAGAUCUUCUUUAUCGGUAGGCAAUUGUUUUUCACCAGUAUCAAGGACAAAGUUUGCCAACCAGACAGUAAAAGAACUUAUGAAGACUAUCAGAUCACUGGAGGCUGAAAUUCAGAGAAUGAAGAAGGAUCAUGCUUUGCAGAUGAAGCACAAGGAUAAUUGUAUUCAUCAUCUUUCACUAAGGGGUGCAGAAAUAGUCGAAAAGAGAGGCAAAGGAGUGAAAAGGAAUAGCUCCAAGGCAAAAGAACCACCAGAGGGUAACCUGAGGAGCCCAGCUCAUCAAUUUUUAUCUCCAGCACCCACUGCCAAAAAACGAAGGUUUUGGGAUAUUACUACAGCUAACAGUCCAUCCGUUGCCACAUUAACCGGACGAAAGACCAGAAGCCAUUUCACCACUGAACCCUUAGCAGCUCCGUCCAUGCUUCUCCAGCCGGGUUUUGCUUGCCGUGGACCUGAAACUGUGAAGCGGUGAAGAGGGGAAGAAAACCAGGUAAGUAUUGAAGAAAACCUUGCAAGAUUCUCCUGAAUAGAGUGAGUCGAUGGACUUUAUAACAUGGAAACAAAGUAGCUGAUUCGUUAAUUGUACUGUUUUUCGUGUCGUCCAAACAAUGAUGUGGAGAAAUAUAGCUUCUUGAGGCUGAAAUUAAAUAUGUAAUUCUUCCAUUAUCUCCUGAGCGUGUAGUAGUCCAUUAUUUCAUUUUAUUAUGUGCAUUUUAUUCAACGGUUCUGUUCCCAAACUUGUAGUUCAAUUGACAAAAAAAGUUCAGAACUUUUGACAAAA